CAAGCAAUUGAAGAAAUUGAAUCAAAUUGUGAACAAUUAACUUACUCUCAACAAACGCUCUUUAAACUCUUACUCUGUGUUUUUUUCUCUACUUUACCUACUCUCAAUUAAAAAGUGUUAAUUCUCUUUACUAUUUAAUUAUUAUUCUUUGUGAACGUUUACUUUUGCUUUGUGAAAUCAAGAAAUUUUGUUUAAUUGAAAAUGUCUGCUGGUCCUUGUAUUGGUAUUGAUCUUGGAACAACUUAUUCCUGUGUUGGUGUUUUUCAACAUGGAAAAGUUGAAAUUAUUGCUAAUGAUCAAGGAAACCGAACCACACCCAGUUAUGUUGGUUUCACUGAUACCGAAAGGUUAAUUGGUGAUGCUGCUAAAAAUCAGGUAGCCAUGAAUCCAUCUAACACUGUUUUCGAUGCUAAACGGUUGAUUGGUCGACGUUUUGAUGAACCAAGUGUUCAAGCUGAUAUGAAACAUUGGCCAUUCAAGGUAAUUAGUGUGGAUACCAAACCUAAGAUUCAGGUUGAAUUUAAGGGUGAAACUAAGACCUUCUGCCCUGAAGAAAUCUCUGCUAUGGUUCUUACCAAGAUGAAGGAAACUGCUGAAGCUUAUUUGGGUAAGACUGUAACCAAUGCUGUGAUUACUGUUCCUGCUUAUUUCAAUGAUAGUCAAAGACAAGCAACUAAAGAUGCUGGUACAAUUGCUGGGCUUAAUGUUUUGAGAAUCAUCAAUGAACCCACCGCUGCUGCUAUUGCUUACGGUUUGGAUAAGAAAGGUGCUGGUGAGCAAAAUAUCCUCAUAUUUGAUCUUGGUGGUGGUACUUUUGAUGUAUCCAUCUUAACAAUUGAUGAUGGUAUUUUUGAGGUUAAAUCAACCGCCGGUGAUACUCAUUUGGGUGGUGAAGAUUUUGAUAAUCGAAUGGUUAACCACUUUAUUGAGGAAUUUAAACGUAAGCAUAAGAAGGAUAUUGUUGCUAAUAAACGAGCUGUAAGAAGAUUGAGAACUGCUUGUGAACGAGCCAAGAGAACUCUCUCUUCCUCAACCCAAGCAAGUAUCGAGAUUGACUCUCUUCAUGAGGGUAUUGACUUUUAUUCCACAAUCACUCGUGCUCGAUUUGAAGAGCUUUGCUCUGAUCUUUUCCGAUCAACAUUGGACCCUGUUGAAAAGGCUCUUCGAGAUGCUAAAAUUGACAAAGCACAAAUCAAUGAAAUUGUAUUGGUUGGUGGAUCAACUAGAAUUCCAAAGAUCCAGAAGCUUCUACAAGACUUUUUCAAUGGUAAGGAGCUUAACAAAUCUAUCAACCCUGAUGAAGCUGUUGCUUAUGGAGCUGCUGUUCAAGGAGCAAUUCUUAGUGGUGACAAGGAUGAAACAGUUAAAGAUUUAUUACUUCUUGAUGUUACCCCUCUUUCUCUUGGCAUUGAAACCGCUGGUGGAGUCAUGACAGCUCUUAUCAAAAGAAACACCACCAUUCCCACCAAAACAUCACAAAUUUUCACCACCUAUUCUGACAAUCAACCUGGUGUAUUAAUCCAGGUCUAUGAAGGUGAACGAGCAAUGACCAAAGACAACAAUCUUCUUGGUAAAUUUGAAUUGGCCGGUAUUCCACCUGCUCCUCGAGGUGUUCCUCAAAUUGAGGUGACAUUCGAUAUUGAUGCAAAUGGUAUCUUAAAUGUUACCGCUGUUGAUAAGAGUACUGGUCGUGAAAAUAAGAUCACCAUCACCAAUGAUAAAGGUCGUCUUACUAAGGAACAAAUUGAAAAGAUGGUUAAUGAAGCUGAGAAGUUUAAGGAAGAUGAUGACAAAGUGAAAGAACGUGUUGCCGCUAAAAAUGCUCUUGAAAGUUAUUGUUAUAACAUGAAAUCCACAAUGGAAGAGCCUAACGCUAAAAUUGCCGAAGAUGAUAAAACUAAAGUUCUUAACAAGGUCGAUGAAGUAAUCAAAUGGUUGGACAGUAAUCAACUUGCCGAAAAGGAAGAAUUUGAACAUAAACAAAAAGAGCUUCAAGAUGUUUGCUAUCCAAUUGUUACCAAAAUGUACCAAAGUGCCGGUGGAGCUCCCGGUGGAAUGCCUGGUGGAAUGCCCGGAGGAAUGCCCGGUGGAAUGCCAGACUUUGGUGCCGCUGGUGCCCCUGGUGCCUCCGCUGGAGCCAAAGGACCAACCAUUGAGGAAGUUGAUUAAAACAUCGUAAAUCUCCCCACCGCACAAACACAUGUAAAUGUAUAAAUUCAACUCUUUUUUUUUUCAUCUUCACUUACAACUAAACUUGAAAAUACAUUGUUAAUAUUUCCUCAUACUCAUUUAAAAUGUAUCAAUGAAUGAAAGUCAAUUACAAUAAUACAAUUACGAUUACAAUUAAAUCUUAAUUGUAUUCAUUAUCUAUGUUAAACUUUUUCCAA